UCUUCUCCAUUGACUGAGGCAGCUCUUUGCUUUCUAAGUUCCUUUCCUUUUGUCGACGCUUUUCACUUUCAAGUACUGACCUUAGUUCCAAACUGCAUCGACAUUCUAUUUCCUACAAGCAUCUACCUUUAGCCCAUAUACGCAAAACCCUUCUGAUUCUAAACUAUCACUCACUAGUCGAAAUGGCAUCCAGUUCUAUUACUUCUUCACGUAGUUCUGGCUCAUCUUGGACACCAAAGCAGAACAAGCAAUUUGAAGAGGCUUUAGCCUUUUUCGACAAGGACACCCCUGAUCGUUGGCAAAAUAUAACCAGGGCUGUGGGUGGGAAAUCAGUGGAGGAAGUGAAGAGGCAUUAUGAGAUCCUUGUGAAUGACAUAAUCCAAAUAGAAUCUGACCAGGUACCUCUGCCUAAUUACAGGACCACAGAGAGGAACGGUAGAGGCUUCAGCAAUGAACGACAGUAGUUUGGUUUGGCGCAGGCUUAUGAAUAACCAAAGCUCCAAUGAAGUGAAAGUCCGUCAAUGAUAUUAUGGAUGCAUGUUAUAAAUUACUAUGCAGAUGCAUAAAUAUCUAAGAUAGAUGGCUUGAAAUUGGCUACUAUUCUCUUCGCUCUUCUGUCUUCCUUGUGGCAUUGAAGCAAUCCAUGUAACUGUUUAUCCCCUUUAGUGUGCCUUAUUGUAAUGGAUUCUCCAAUUCAGUUCGUAUCAAAUAGUUUGUGUAUUUUCCAUCGAAGUAUUCACUUAU